CAUACGCGGGAGAAGAAGCAGAAGAGCCGGCGUUCUGGCGUCUCGCGACCUUUCCCCGUCAGGGCAGCGUGAGUCUGUCGCUAUUAAUCGCUCCACACGCGACACCCGAGCUCCAGAGGGCCUGACCCAGCCCACUUCGAUGUGCCGACGCAUGCGAGCGCCUAUGAAACCAGCCGCUCGCAGAACGCACAAAGUCAUAACACCAGCUGCGCCCGCGAGCACAUUUCGCAUCGCGGAAUCGGGGUUCGGAAAUGGAUUACGAAGCGUCCGCCACUCAGAGGAGGAAGUGCAGAAGAGCGGUUCUUCUGGGAGUCUGCGUCCUGCUCUUACUGACGGCCGUGGGCGCGUGCCUGGGCGCCGCUUUCGGUCACAGGAGUAGCGGUCCUUCGAACGGGAACUUUAGAACGAUAUUGAUCUCUAAAUGCAAAACUUAUCUGGGUGAGAAGGGCGAGCACUCAAGUGAGAAUACGUGUGAGGAGAUGUGGGAUGCGUUCUCAGGCGCCUACGUAGGAAAGGACCCCUGCGACGUUCCCAUGGAGGCAUACGACCCUCUCAUCCACGCUGUCAGUGAAAAAGCUGCCUGUAACCGGAUGUUGUUCUGGAGCAAAACGAAAGACAUCGUGCAUCAGCUCACAGAGGCCAAGCAUUGUCUGCUGACCCUGGAGGACACGCUGCUGGGCUUCGUCAUGGACGGCCUGACCUGGUGCGGCAAGAACGGCAGCAAAGAAACCUUCACCACCGGCUGCCCAGGGUGGAUGGAGUGUGAGAGGAAUCCGGUCCGGUCCUUCUGGAACCGAGCCUCAGCAGCGUUUGCCGAGUCUGCUUGUGGCGAAGUCACCGCGAUGCUAAAUGGAUCAAUAAACACACCUUUUAAUACCAACAGCAUAUUUGGCAGCAUUGAAGUCAAGAAGUUUAGUUCCCCCAAAAUGAGGGCCUUGAAUGUCAUCCUGGUGACCAGAGGAAAUGACACGACAAACUGUGAAAAUGACUCUCUACAAAGUCUGCAAGGUACCCUGGACCCAAACCUCAAGUACACCUGCAAAGAGGUUCAAAGGUCGAAAAUAUUGGAUUGCAUCUCCGACCCCGACAAGCCCUGCGGUGACUGCUGGUGACCUAGCCCAAUGAGGAGUGUGAGGGGGCGGGGCCUCGCAGUAGCUUGUCCAAUCAGAAUGUCUAAUUGAGGAAAGUAGCUGUGGGCUGCUGGUGGGGGAGUGUAACGUGGCUAUGGGUCAGCUUGUGCUUGCUGACUGGUGGGGUCCUCUGUACACACAGCCACUAACAGAGUAGUAUAACAUUUACUAGAAAUAAUUCCAAGAGAUCCAAUGAAAGAAAUGUAACCACAAGGUCAAAGGUCACUGAUGCUGUAGCAGGAGGUUUAGAUCCUGUAUGUUCUAAGAAGUUUGUCUUUUUUUAAAAUAAACUAUGGAACUAAGUUUUUA